GCCCACGCCACGUCAGCCUCGUCCUAUCCUCUCACGACGCCGCGUCGCCGACCACUAACUAGUCCACCUAUCCACGGGAAUCCCCUCCGCUGACUGCGCUCGCCAUCCAGCACCACCGCUCGCACCGGUACACCCCGCCGAGCGCGAGAGCCGUAUCCGCCUCCCUGUGCAGCAGCUCAGAUCACCUCGUCUCCAUGGCGGUCGCGGCGGUGGCCGUCUCCGCCUCCCUGUGCAGCAGCUCAGAUCACCUCGGUCUGAGGCCGACGUCUGUGAACCACCAUCUCGGCCGCUCGCUCCUUGGGGGGCGAAUCGCCGGACGAUGUCGGCGCCGAAGGCUGACGGUCUUGGCCGCCGCUGGCAAGCCACCGGGGGAGGCAGAGGAGCAGGUCCCCGCGUGGGCCAAGCCCGGUGCUGAAGAGCCGCCGCCCUGGGAGCGCAAGGGCGGGGCCGUGCAGGGGCAGGAAGCCGGGCAGGUGCCGUUCUACGCAUACCUGCUCGCGUCCGCGGUCACCGCCAUCGCCGCCAUCGGCUCCAUCUUCGAGUACACGAACCAGCGGCCGGUGUUCGGGAUCGUCGGCUCCGACAGCGCCCUGUACGCGCCGCUCCUGGGCUUCUUCGUCUUCACCGGCAUCCCGACCUCCGGAUUUCUGUGGUUCAAGGCUGUGCAGACGGCGAACAAGGAUGCCGAGGAGCAAGACCGCAGAGAUGGAUUUCUGUGACUUCAAUUCAUUUGCCGGUGCAGAAGAACAAGCACAACAUCGACGGCAUACUUAGCGUCGGCUGAUGUAAUGUAUUUGUAUUCUAGAACUGAAGAGAGCUGAUCAAUUUGCGGCGGAAGAAAAAAAAAAGAAUAUGUGCAGAUUAAAGAGGGUUUUUCUAUAUGCGUGGAAUAAGGUCUUGAGUGUCAUCAUAUGAACGGAAAAUAUUUGUUUCCUUGGUUUAAAAUGUCAUGUGUUUUGCACUUGAACAGAAUGCUUCUUGCUUCUAGCAUUACCCCACCAUCACUAGAACUGCUUUUUAUUUUGAUGUCAAAGAUGCUAUAUCCCUGUAUAUUUAAUUUGUUGUUAUUGAGCAACUGCGAUAGUGGAGUUGUCA